ACGAAAAUACUCAACACUCGAGACUAGUUACAACCCGCAACACACAUUGUUCUCUCUGGCCAGUGCCACUAUGUGGUAAUCGCAAGGAACAUGCAGAAACACAUGAUGAUUCAAUUGAUGAUAAACUUGUUAAUUUGGAUGAAGUGCGACCGGAACCAAUAAUUGCUGGAGAAAUUAUAAAGAUUUCUGAAAACUCUAAUUUUAGGAAUUAUCAACGCUCUGUUGAAGAUUUUCAGAUUCCUCUUUCAGAACGGUUGCUAUCGUAUACCAUUCAUCAGCAUCUAGAUGUCACUGCGAUUGUAAAUCCAAUGUCAGUGUUUUCGUCAACCCCCUCAGUGUCUUCGAUAUGUCUAACUGAAGAUUCGAACGAUAUUUUUUCUGAGUCAUGUACGUUUUCUCCUGUUGAUCAGCUGACUAAUACUGAGUUAAGAGUGGAUACCACUAGUGAUGACAGUAGCGAAAUUUCUGCUACCGAUCUUGGAAGAACACCGAACAUACCAUCUCCUGACAUAUCUAAUACUUCAGAGCUGUUGGACAAAAUGAUCACAAUCCCUCCAAAUGCGAAUCAAAGGUAUUUGUAUAUUAAACUUUUGUGCCCGAUGCGAAUUACAAGUAUAAUUUGUGUUUUAUAGUUUGAGGUGUUUCAAAGAAACGAUGCGACAAGAGCCACCUUUUGUUGCAAAUUUCUAAAUACAGGACAAAUAUUGCAAAAAGCGCAUUGAUUUGAUACUUUUAAGCAAUUUAUUGGUCGAAAUAUAGGUUAACAAUUUGUCGUCUACCUUUUCAUAUAUAUUUUAAAUUUUUAAGAAAUUGAAACUAAAUUUUUAAUGCAUGUUCGAUUUCUGCCAGAGGACUUAUAUUGUUACAAUUAUCGCAGCCAUUCCUGGUCGGGUGUAAAAAUGUAAUAAAUUUACACUCGGAAUUUCUAUUCACAAAAACCUUUCAACAUUUAAUUCUUCCGAGUAGGAUGCCCGAAAUCCUGAAUUUACCCAUACACUCUACGACAGCCUUCUGAUCAAACUUGUUUAUGGUCCCCCACCAAUGUUCUGCCUUAGUCGUAAUCUCGUACCCAAAAUAUGCUCUCGUUAGCCGACCUUCAACCGUACACGAUCAGUUUAUUUCUACCAACCAAUGGUCGUUUGCAGUAUAUCAAUUCUCGAUUCCUUCUAUGAGCUUCUCCAUUCACAUCCGCUCACGUUGCAUACGACGUUGGAUAUAGGAUUGCUUCACGCACCAUGAUGUACCUAGUAAGCUAUAUGGAUCUAUAUUAUUAAUUCCUCCGAAAUCACUUAAUUUCUUCAGGUAUUUUGCAAGUUCUUUAAUUGAUCAUAAUGGUGGUGAAGUUAUCUUAACAAGCUCAGGAAUUAAGCUGGUCAUUCCAGAAGGAGCAAUCGAUGUUGGAAAAACAGAAGUAGUUUACCUUGCUUUGCUUGGCAACUCAGAGUACGUCCCAAAAGAAUUGGAUGAUGAUGAAACCUUGCUCGCUCCCGUUGUGAUGUGCGGUCCACAUGGACUGCGGUUCAAGAAAUACGUUCUUCUAAUCGUACCACAUUGUGUUGUAGUUUCUGAUGAAUUGGAGACAAAAUUUCGAGGUUUGAAUUUUAAUCGUGUAUGGGCGUUGUGUUACCUUUAUCUUUCUGAUCGAUUUUGAAUAUUAGCGUAGUUAAUUUAUAUUCGUUUUGUGAUGGAAAAACUUAUUUAUUUAGCAAUGCUUUUGAUCCGUAUCAUUGCAAAUAAUAUAUAUGCAUCUUUUACUCUUAAAUUAAACCAAAUAUAUUGAAUGUUUUGGCUUGCAAAUUGACGUAGAACUGCAUGUAGUAAAAUUUAAAUGUUCUUGAAAAACCCUCUUCUAAAAUCAUUAAUAAUUCAUGAAUCAAAAAGAAAAAAAAUCGAUAUUUACUUAGUGAAGGAAAACGUCCAACAGGACACUUUGAAACUUUCUAAAGUAUUAAUACUUUGAAAUCAGAAUUUCCCUAAUUUUGAAGUAUGCUAUUACUUUUGAAACAACGUAAAUUACAAGGUGUGGGAAUUCAGUUCAAAUACGUGACUUCCGACGCUACCAGGCAAUUUCAAACUCAUUAAUAAUUCUCAUCCAACCAUGUUGCUUUAUUUUGUUUGCAUGAUAAUACUAGAAACCUGGUAAAGUAUGUUCAUCCAGUUCUAGGACUUGAUAAAAAUUAAUUUAGCCCUUGCAUACUGGAUCAAACUUCAAGUAGUGAUUUAUUGGCGUAUGAGAUGUCAUUUCAAAUCCUUUAAUUCGGACAGGACAACAUUUUAAGACUUCGCAUUUUGAUUCAAAUUGUGCGGACAUGAAAUCUUGUUCAGUCCCUCAUAGUUGGAUUUUAAAUAUUACUUCAAAGUUUGCGUGCACUAGUUAACAAAGUUUUCUUGCUGCAUGCUCGUCUUUUCAAAACGCCACUCGAACUUUGAAAUGGCGGUAAAGUCCCCAGUCUUGUGUUUGAACUACUACUUAUAAAAAACAAAAGAAAAGCUAUCAAUUUGUUAUAGAAAAGGUGUCCAUGAAAGGUCUGCUACUUCUAGUUGAUUUUACUGUGUUGCCCCUCAAAACAGUAAUUUGUAUUAUUUUUUAACUGAAUAUAUUUUUGUUUAUUAAUUUUAUCUGAUAGUUCUGUGCAGCGAUACAGCGCCGGAAAUUGUCCCAGACUGGAAAGAAGUUUUCAAUGUCGAUGAGAAACCCAACAAAGAUGUGUUUUGUUGCAUGGGAGAGCAACAUUUCAGCCUAUAUCUUCUUCAUUUCUCUUGGUACACUAUUUCUGGAGAAGGAUCUGCCAGAAAUUUCAGUGUAGCAGCAUACCAUACGAGCCUUCAUCAACCAAAUGAGGAUUUUAAAGUGAGAGUGUAUUUCAUUCCAAUUUCGAAAAACUCUUCUGCAGGUCAGCAGGUAAGGUUUAUUCUAUAUUCUUAGCAAUCAAAGGUUUUGGUAAUUAAACGAAUGUGUUUUUCUCCAUUCACAAUGGAAUAGAGAACAAACAAUGGUCUGGUUACCUGAAACAAUACGAAAACGCUACGAAAACUGAUUGGUGUGGAGGGAGCAUGAGUUUGGAAAAUAUAACGACAACGUCAAUAACGACGUGGUCAUCAAUAAUAGCAAUUAUACUCUAUUUAUAAAAUGGGAAGCAUCACUUCCGGUUAAAUGGCGGACGACGGCGAUUGGCUGAGAAGCACUUUCGGCGCUCCAUUAUUUUCCAUUAAUGGCAUUAGCGGUCGAUGGGGGAAAACAAACACAUGCAUUUUAAAACAAAACAGUAACACUAUCUGCGAAUGGUUUCUAGUCGAAAAGAAGGAAUACAUUGGUAUUUUUUUUUCUUUGACCAAAUGUGUACCACGCUACUAAUAUGCAUUUCAAAUCAUGCAUUCCUUUUUUGUUUCAAGUAUAAAUGCCUAUAAUUGCCAUAUAAUAAACUAUCUAUUAAAUAAUUAACCUCGCUUGCUUGGUAUGUAAAGAGAAAUAUCGGACCUUAGUCUUUUUGUACAAACUUCGCCCAACGGACUCGGUUUGUGCAAAAAGACCUCGUUCCGAAGUCGUGUGGGGUGAUUAAUAUUAAUUCAACGACUAUUGUUACAUAAUGGUUGUUUGUAAAAAAGAUAAUUUUUUGUUAAAUAACAGAGAGUUGAUGAAUCUGAAAAGAAACUUCAAGGAACUCUGAGUGAUGGGCAAAAAAUAAAGAUCUUUCACAAAAAGGGUGGUCAUAUAAAAGUCGAGGCAACUGAUAUCAGUGACGGAUGGCAAAUAAUUGGUGAAAAUAUUCAGGUAGUAAACAAAGUGGGGGGUUCUGUAGCGGGUGGUGCGUUAAGCAACUCGCUUGUAAUGUAUUUAAAGAGUGUGGACGAAUGAUUACUAGCAUGUUAAUAAAAUGUUUACAGUUUAAUACUUUGCUGGUGUUUAUCCAUUUCCCACAUAUAUUCCUUCUAACAAACAGUUGAGUGAAAUUUAACCACUGAUCUGAAAUAAGACUGGAUAACGCAUCUAUAGUAUACAAAAGUGAAGCCGGAAAUCACUGGCCACCACCCGAGUUAUAAAGUUAUAAAGCCAUAAUACUCCAAAUUUUUUGCUCACUAUUCUUCGUGUAUGCUUCUAUCUUUGUGAUUGUAAAAUUGGCCCGGUCGGAAACGUAGCCAAGGCAAAAAACGCGAGAAACUACCGUCUGUAAUACAAAUCUAUACAAAAGUGGGACCCCAGAAUCGGGUGGCGGCCGGUAACUUCCGGCUUCACUUUUGUAUACUAUCGAUGCGUUAUCCAGUCUUACUUCAGACCAGUCACCAGUGAUUUUAACCAGUGAUUUUAAUACGUUCUCGAUAUAUAUUCUACUAAAGUUGUUGUAAUGCUUGUGAGACGUAGAUAUUGUACUUAUACGCAUACGCAGUGAGAAUUUUGUGUUACGACAAUUCCUGACUUAUAGGAGUUUGCAAAGAUUCCGGGUGAAUUCUACAGAGAAUAUCCCAGUUUAUUCAAAAUUACCCAAAAUCAUAAACGACAAUAGAAAUAGAGUAUAAAAGGUGUAUUUGAAUUCAUCGUAUUUACAAGGUUUUAUUAGAUUAUCUUAGAGUGUCCACUACUUUAACACCAUCCUUGGUUUUCCUUGGGGAUGUAUUCACCAUGCUUAGAACUAUUAAACAAGGAAUAAUAAAAAUCCAGACAUACAUAUGAAAAUUUUUAAACAGAACUAAGCAAUUGCUGUGCCCAAGCUAAAAUCAUUGUCAACGCAUUAUGGAUACUGAAAUUUCCAUAAAAUUUUCAUCUAUUUUCCAGUUCCACAAAAAGUUCCAUUUCAUUUCAAAAAUGCCAUAAAAUAUGGAAAUUUUCAUGAAAGUGGAAGCACUGUCAGAUUCAAUAAAAACGAAAAUGAAACAGGUUACGAAGUUGCAUACCAAAUUAGAAACAGCUCAACACUGACGUCAUCGUUUUUAGUUUAAUAAAAUUUGACAAACAAAGGAAACUCAAUCAAGUUUCUGAGCCGACUAAUAGAGUAAUUUUUUAAUGUAUAUUAUUUGGCCGGUAAUGGCUGUAAAUACGUUUAUUUAUGCUUUUCAGACCGAAGGUUAUAAAGAACUUUGUCACAGUCUUUACGAAUCACCCAACCGGACAUUCCGUUUUGAACACGUUGCCCCGAGACCAGAACGAAUAUCCUGCACGUUUACAGUUUAUCAAGAUGAAUGUAAAUUUGACACUCCUGUCGAUAUUAGUGUGUCGCUGCAUUUUGAGUCCGAGGUAAUUGUGUUCACUCGAUAA